ACAAGGAAUUCUCUUAAGAUAUCAAGACAAUAACAGUCAAGGCAUGAAAUCUAUCCUUACAAUUCAAUUUUUGAAAACAUCCGAUUUACCACCGAUGAUUGGUAUUAUACAUAUCAUGGCAUUACAUUCGAUACUGUCAAAUGAGGAAUCUCCUCCUUCCUCUGCAAGUUGAUUACAAAGGAAAGAGGGGUGAACCACCUGGCAGUUGAACUAAUAUCAUUCAAUGACAUCAAUGACAUCAAGACAGAGCACUGAGAUGAAUCCAGACAAUUCCAAGGGUUAUAAAUCUCAUCAUAAAGAAAUCAUCCAUUUGCCUCCAAAGAUUGGUAUAAAGCUCCUCAUCUCAGUCCCUUAUUCUAAUCCAUCAUGCUUUCACCAACCAUUCGCAAUUUGCUUGUUAAAGGAAGCCAAAACACCAAAUAUACUCCUCGUCUACUCUUCGCGUAUAGAAAGACAACUUCAUUCAAGAUUCCAACUCCAUUGAGUAUUCAAAAUCGCAAUAUGGCGUCCAAAACCCCAAAUUCAUCGCCCCCUUCCCACGAUAUGGUCUAUUUUCCUCAAAUGACCUCGGAUCUUCCUGCUUCCUCCCAUGAAUUUCGUAGAAUACUUUUCACAGGCCUUUACUCCCAAGUCGUACUCAUGACAAUCCCCGUCGGCGGCGACAUAGGUGACGAAGUACACACAGUCGACCAAGCUCUCACCUUUACUUCCGGCACUGGUCUCGCUACCAUCAACGGUAAAAACCAAGAGGUUAGAAAGGGAGAUUUGAUGGUCGUACCAGCGGGUACUCAACAUCAAUUUGUAAACACAGGGAAAGAACCAUUGAUUCUGUAUACGAUUUAUUCGCCGGCAGAACAUGCGCCAACUACGGUGCAUGAAACGAAGGAGCAAGGCGAUAAAGAGGAAGAUGAAGGAAAGGAUGAAGCUCCGGCUUGGUCAAGGAAGAGUAAGGAGGAGAAUGAGAAAGGGGGAUUGGUAAAGUUGAGUGGAAAGUAUGAUUAGAGUAGGAAAGGAAUAAGGAAUGAAUUGUGAGGUCAGUGUUGAUGGGAAAUUUGCGUGGUAAUAAUGAGAUAUAUCUCAGUUGUUGAGAAUGAUAAGUGUAAAAGAAAUGAAUUCUGAACAAGAACCCGUAUUUGAUAUUAUGAUACCGUACCUAUUUUCAAUACUCUUGAAAUUCAUCUCGAAAGUCUUUUUCCCUUUGAUGACUUUACACCAACCCU